GCUGGAACUUUUUUUCUGGGUCACUAAUCUCGAGGCGGCGGUGAACAUCAGUCGACGAAGAAGUCGAAGAAGGCCAGACAUCAAAGGUAGACUGACCAUUAAAGAUGUCUGACGAUCUAGAGGAACGGCUCAAGAGCCAUGCACGUGCCUUCGACAGCCUCUUGUCUCUUAUUCCAGCGAAAUUGUAUUACGGUGAAGACGUCAGUGAUCAAUGGCAACGGAAAAAGCAAACCCCAGAACAGAAGAAAGCGGCAAAAAUGGCAAAACUCGAUCCGGAUAACUGGAAAAGUGCCAAAGACGUCAUGGAUGAGCGCGCUGCCGCCGCGAAGAAGAGAAAGCGUGGUGAGGAAGCAGAAGAAGACGAAGAAGAAACAGCAGCAGCAGAUGCAAGCCUGCUAGAACAACCGGGCAUGGAACGACCGAAAGCAAGUCAAGAUGCCCAAACCCCAAAAGCCAAAAAACAGAGGACAGAUGAGAAAACCCCAAGGUCCGCACAAGAUUCUACGGAAGAGACCGAAGAAGACAAAAAGCGUCGGAGGGCAGAGCAAAGAGCAGAGAAAAGAGCACGAAAGAAUGAGUUGAAAGCCAAAGCGAAGGAGAAAAAGGAGAGGCAAAAGGCUCGAAAGACGGAGACGGUGCCGUCAAAGUCUGAUUCUUCCAACUCAAGCGAGAUCAACCUCAAAGAGCCCAUCGAGCUGAAGCACCAGCCAUCAGUGCCCGACAGAGAAGGCGAUGACCAAGUAUGGACCGCUUCUUCAGACGAAGAACAACCCGAGGUUUUUUCUCCACAACAUGAGUCCGGCACAUCCUCGACCUCAUCCAUCCAGCCACCAAACAUCGAAGAAACUACAACUAUACAAACACGGACGUCGACCGUGACGAAACCUCCUAUAGCCGCAAGCCAAAACACGUCCCAAACACCGCGCGAACGACUACAAGCAGCGAUACAGCAACUACGAGCCGAACGCAAAGCUGAUGGUGCCGACGGUCAACCACCAAAGAACCGACAAGAGCUCCUCGAACAGAGGCGUCGGAAAGAAGAGGAGAGAAAGGCGGCCAAGAAGGAACAAAAACGCCGAGAGAAGGAAGAAGAGGCUCGUCGGCAGGACGAAGAAAUCGCACGACGCUUCUCACCCGGAGGCUCAGGCUCCCUUCUAGCCUCCCCUCGGUCUCCAAUCAAUCGCGACAACGGUUCGAGCAAUAAUUUCAGUUUCGGUCGGAUCGCCUUCGAAGAUGGAACGCAGUUCGACCCCACCACCGUCGAUGCCGUCGAAGAGCACAAGAAAAAGGGCCCGCGAGAUACAGCCUCUCAGCUCCAAAUCGCCAUGGCCAAGAAGAACAGAUUAUCCGGCCUUGACGAAGAGAAGCGGAAAACCAUCGAGCAGAAGGACAUGUGGCUAAACGCCAAGAAACGAGCUCAUGGCGAACAUGUCAAGGACGACACAAGUCUGCUGAAGAAGGCCUUGAAGAGACAGCAGGGGCAGAAGAAGAAGAGUGAGCGCGAGUGGAAUGACAGACUCGAGGGUGUGCAGAAAGCACAGGAAGCCAAGCAGAAGAAGCGGACCGAGAAUCUGGCCAAGAGGAAGGACGAGAAACACGCAAAGGGCGGCAAAAAGGUUAGGAGACCGGGCUUUGAGGGGAGUUUCAAGGGCAGAACGGGUGGGAAGAAGAAGUAACUAACUACUAUCACUUCCAAACCCCGAAAAUGAGCAUUCAUUGUUGGGCCUUUUGCUAGCUCGAUCUACCCGAGUCGCAGCUGAUCGACACAGACAGCUGGCGACCAGGCCUUCAAGAACACAGGCAGCUCAUGAUGGAAGAACUGCGAGCUUGAGACUGUGUACCUGACGUUGCUGAACCGAACAGAAACCAGGCGAAAAUGAACCAUUGAACAUUAUGA